AUGCCCCAACACCCCACUAUAACUAACAUCAAUUCAAAAAGCUUCGUCGUGCUGUCCUACUUCAACUGGAUCUACCCGGUGUCCUACCAAGUCCCAAGGUCCUACGUCGUGCCUGUGAACUUCGGGCUCUUCAUCCUCGGCAACAUAUGGCAAGCGAUCCUUGCCAUAGACGCCCUGCGCAUGAAGAACAUUCUGCAGCUGUACAGUAUCGUCGUGCUUGACUUUUGCCUGUUUGUGUUUUCCGUCAUGCGCUAUUUCCAGACGCAGACAGCGGCGGCCAGUUUGAUGCUGGGGGAGACGAUGUACUAUGAGCCUUUUACGCAUCGGGAUGUAGAUUAUUGGGGGAGGGUAAGACCUGCCCUGUUGACGUCGUCGAUUGCGGUGGGUGCGAGCGCGGUUGUUUCGACGAUUUUGGUGUUUUUGUUGCAGAGGGAGUUGAGGUGGGCGAUUUAUCGGCAUAUUAGUGGGAGUCUGGCGAUGUUGAGGAGAUAUCUUGCCUAUCAGGUUCUUCUCGUGCUCAUUCGGAUCGAACCAUAUUUCCUAAUCAGCUUUGUCAUAACCUAUGGCCUUGUUAAUGUGCACUUUGUCCAGCCAGAGUUUGGCUUGACAAUGGCUCUCAUACCCGCACUUGCGAUACAAGUGGCUCUGACUAUUUAUUUCACGAGGACUGAGAACUAUAUUGGAGCCAUCAUCGCCAUACUCUUACGCAUGGGAGAAAUGGCAUACUUGCUAAGCCGGAUCCUCACCCUCAAAGGCGACGGCUUCUACUCGCAAACUAUCCUCAAAGACGAAAUGCUACUCUUUGCAUCCGUGGCACUCGGCCUGGCCACACUAGCCUGUAUCAACGCGAUGCUCUGCACAUUCAAUUUCAACAAAGGCUUGAAGCCCUUGCUGCACCGGUCGAGCUGGAAACAGACGCCACACGAAUUUGAGCCGGUUCAUCAGCACAGUCCGAGGUUUUUGACUACGGUGCAUGACCGUCGUGGAAUAACGGAAGUAAUGGUGGUGAGAAUGAGCUCCCAGGUUUACUUCAUCUAG